AUGGAACGUGCAUGCUGUAAAGAACGUUUCGAGGAUAAAAGUGGACGGUUGCGUAGAACAGGAAUUUGUACACAAUUCAAAGGUGGGCCCAGUGCUGCACAGACAUUAAGUGAUGUUUUUGAUGUAACUGUCACUCCCGAAAAGGAAUUAUUCGUCUGUGUCCAAUGUAGUUUGACGAUUCGUUCCUUGGACACAAAAAAAAAAACAAUUGUGUCUACAUCUGUGAAGAGCAGUCAACUGCGACAGGCACUCAUCAUCAUCAGCAAGUCCAAGUACCACACUGGAUUCCGUCGCCUGUUCAACAGCAGCAAGGCUGCAAAAAAGGCCGCUGUUAGAGUGAUUUGUGAGGUUGUACGAAAAGAAGCAAUCAAUUUUGCUAAAACAUUCGGAAACAAAAACAAUAGUGCGAUUGAGGACAUCACCAACUUCAGUUGGGAAAUUGUUUUAAAAGAUGCAUGGCAUUUGUGCCCCACUUUGAUUAAAAUCAUAAUAGCUGCAUUGACGAAGAAAGAAAACUGGAAAACAAUAACGAGAAGAAGGGGUAAAACAAUAAUUUCUGCUAAACCUCUUGUUGGGUCACUUCUCUGCAUUGUUGGUUUCAUUCGAAGCUACCAGUGCAAUAUACUUCAACGGAUGGUUUCAUUAUUGCUUUGGCUAGGAGGAUGCAAAACAAAGGUAAUGUAAAAAAGCUUUUUGAUGUUUAUAAUGUUUAAAAAUGUGAAAGACACACACACACACACACACACAUACACACACACACACACGGAUCCAGGAGAAUUGUUGGGGACCAGUACACAACAAGGUACCCCUGCUGAUGUA